AUGAUUGAAGAAAUCCUAGCGGAUGAUCCUUUGGAAGUGGUCCUAAUACGAGCCGAGUCUGAGCAGAACACAUGCAACGUUGAUGCUGAUGGGUACGAAAAGAUGCUAGAUUCGUGUACAAGCAUUGAGAAGAUGGUCGCUUUCCUAAGUCUGGGGGAGACGAGCAAUCAGAUUCCACCAGAAGGAGCGACUGCUCCUAAACAAGGGAACAAAAUGGCCAGCCUGCUAGAUGAUUCCUGGAGCGAACUCAAGGCUCCAAAGAUCGAAUUAAAGUCCCUUCCUGCGGGACUUAGGUAUGCGUUUCUUGGACCUAAUUCCACAUAUCCUGUCAUUGUGAACUAUGAGCUCAACAAUGUGAAAACUGCAAAACUCUUAAUACAUCUAGAAGAUGAAUCGAUGACUUCUUUAGAACAUCAGAGGCGGUUAAAUCCAAAUCUAAAAGAUGUUGUUAAGAAAGAGAUAAUGAAACUUCUAGAAGCUGGUGUAAUGUAUGCAAUUUCUGAUAGCAAGUGGGUUAGUCUUGUUCAUGUAGUUCCUAAGAAAGGGAGGAUCACUGUGGUUGCUAAUGAAAAGAAUGAAUUGAUACCUACCAGGAUAAUGGAGAAGACGACUUUCACGUGUCCCUAUGGAACUUUUGCCUACAGGAGAAUGCCGUUUGGGCUGUGCAACGCUCCUGCGACAUUCCAGCGUUGCAUGAUGUCUAUUUUCAGUGACCUAAUUGAGGACAUAAUGGAAGUUUUCAUGGAUGACUUUAGCGUCUAUGCGAACUCCUUUUCUGUCGGCUUGUCAAACUUGUGCAGGGUACUUCACCGGUGUGAAGAAAAGCAUCUCGUGCUGAAUUGGGAGAAGUGUCAGUUCAUGGUGCGUGAUGAAAUUGUUCUUGGUCACAAAAUAUCAGAAAAGGGGAUCGAAGUGGACAAAGCAAAGAUAGAUGUGAUGAUGAGUUUACAGCCUCCAAACUCUGUCAAAGGAAUCAGGAGUUUCCUCGGACAUGCUGGUUUCUACAGAAGGUUCAUCCAUGACUUCUCCAAAAUUGCAAGACCACUCACUCGACUGCUCUAG